AUGUUUUUGCUUUUUAUUUUAUUUUUGAUCCUAGUCAUCUAUGUCUACCAAAAACGGCAUUACGACUACUGGAAAAGACGCGGUGUGUAUCAAGUAGAACCAUACUUCCUCUAUGGAAACUUGAAAGAAUUUUCCAAUGGAAAAUUGUGCAUCUCGGAUCAAUUAAAAAUAUUGUACGACGAAUUCAAAAAUAGAGGUUUGCGGUAUGGGGGAUACUAUGCCUUCACGAAACCUAAUUUUAUGCCAAUCGAUGUGAAUAUUGUAAAGAAUGUUUUACAGAAGGAUUUUGGGCAUUUUGUAAACCGUGGCAUUUAUUUCAAUAAAGAAAGAUCACCACUUUCUGAGCAUCUCUUUACUCUGGAAGGUGAGAAAUGGAAGAUUUUAAGAGGAAAGUUGACUCCUACAUUCACCACAGGAAAGAUGAAGAUGAUGUUUCCAAUUAUGGUAGCUUGCUCUGAAAACCUAAAAGAUAUUUUAGAAAAACAUGUUAUGCUCCAAGAUGGUGUGGAUAUCAAAGAAAUAAUUUCUAGAUUCACAACUGAUAUUAUCGGCUCAGCUGCAUUUGGUAUUGAAUGUAACAGUCUCAAAAAUCCUGAGUCGGAAUUCAGAAAAUUCGGCAGGAAAAUAUUUGAAGCUGGAAAGUGGAAACACUUAAAACGACAAAUGGGUAAUAGUUUUCCUAAAUGGUUUCUAGAUGCAAUACGGAUCAAUUUAGUAGAUCGUGAAAUUGAAGACUUCUUCAUGGAAGCGGUACAAAGUACGGUAAGCUAUAGAGAAGAAAAUAACGUACACAGAAACGAUUUUAUGCAGCUAUUGUUAGAACUAAGAAAUAAAGGAAAACUAUCGGAUGAUCAUGUAAGUUCCGUGAGCAAAACUGAUAGCAAUAGUCGAUUUUAUCGCUUAAACGAGCUAGCUGCUCAGUGCUAUGUCUUCUUCGUAGGUGGUUUUGAAUCAUCUGCAAUGACAACGACAUUUACUAUGUUAGAGCUAGCCAGAAAUCUAGAAAUUCAAGAUAAGCUGAGAAACGAAAUAACUACAGUAUUGGAAAAAUACGAAAACGAAUUAACUUACGAAGGCAUAAUGGAAAUGACUUAUUUAGAUAAAAUUGUUCAUGAGUCAUUAAGAAUGCAUCCUCCAGGAUCAGGAAUAGGAAGAAUCUGCAAUAAAGAUUACAAAAUCCCUGACACAGAUCUAGUGAUUGAAAAGGGAGUCAGAGUAUUAGUUCCGAUUUUAGCUCUUCACAGGGAUCCGGUUCAUUAUCCCGAUCCAGAGGUAUUUGAUCCGGAACGUUUUAAUGAAGAAAAUAAAGCAAAACGUCAUCCUUUUGCUUACAUCCCUUUUGGAGAAGGACCUAGAAUGUGUAUUGGUAAAUUUGGAUUGCUACAGACCAAAGUGGGAAUAGUGACCAUUAUCAAAGAUUUCUCCGUAACUCUGAACAAAAAAACACAACUUCCCAUAAAAUAUGCUCCAAACGCUGUUGUCACAAGUGUAGCUGGAGGUGUAUGGUUAAAUAUAGAAUCACUACAAUAA